AUGGUCAAAUCAACAAACCAGUCGUUGCUGCUGUUAUACAGUUUGGCCACCUUGGGUAGCACCACCCACCUCUCCACCGUGGGCCUGAAGCUUGAUCGUAUCAGUGAUAGCGACGGCGAAGAGGAAGACGCCUACGAAGAGCUUUUACUGUGUGAUGAAGCUGAAGAGGAAGAAGAACAAUACCAGCCUCCUAUCAGAUUCCUGGGCGAACCGCUCAUCCACGUCCCCGCGCCCGACUUGAUGCAAAAGUAUAUGCUCCCCAUUGAUGCUAAGCUUGCGGAAGAAAUCCUCAAUCACCGUCACCGGGUGCUGGAUCGUAUUCACGGUAAGGGUGACUUGUUAGUAGUGGUGGGUCCCCGGCGGAUCCGUGACCCUUACCAGGCGCAAGAGUGUUCGAGAUGGAUCCCGACGAUGGCUUGCGAGAACAUCCAACUCUGUAUGAGAACCAAUUUUUCCCUGAAAUACAAUGGUACUAGCGCUCUGUUUGAAGUGGGCCACGGUCUUCCUCUGACGCGUGAGUUGCUCCUCGAGAUGGCCCUGAGGCUCCCCCUCGUCGGUCAGACUCAGGACUUGUUGCUGCAUCACUACUUCGACGACAUCUUCAGCAUGCUGCUAGUACUGCUGCUGCUUUGUGAACUGCAGCUCCACCGCGAAAUCGCUCUGGGCAUCCAGUUCCCCGUCGGCUUUGCCUGCCAUGACGAUGAUACCCUCUACUCUGAAAUCACCUACAACCACAAGCUCCAACUGUGUUUUGACUCGAUGCUGGCAUCAAAGAACCCUCACCACUUUAUGAACAUCACCAAGCAAGGGCUUGUCGCGGUUAUGGGCACCACUGGUAACGAAGACACUUUCGUUGUCGUCAACGUCACCAAGAUGUGCUUCCUGCAAAUCGACGAGAUUUUAGCUAAAGUGGGCGAUCGUCCCGUCAUGAUCGAUGUUGGUAGCUUGGGUAACGCCGAGUACGAACUGGUGGAAACCAAGCUUCGCCACAUCAUGCUGGUGCACCCCACCGUGGCUGGGGUGAUUGUCGAGCUGGGUGACGAAUACGAUUUACCCACCGAAGCUAUUGAAAACACGCCUAAGCUUGUCAAGGCUUUGGCGCAAAUGGUUUAA